ACCAAAAUCGGCUGCAAGUGUCGUUUUAAGUAUAAAUUGUCGUGUGGCAUUUGAAAAUUCCGAAUAUAUUUCAAUGCAUACAUAAAAACAAUUAUAAUCAUAUUUAUUUCGAGUGCUAGUUUGAAUUGUUGGACAUGGCUGGGCCUUAUCUAUCGCCCCUUGGGCCUCAGGCCGAUCUGCUCACUGAAUAUAUGUUCGGUCGACGGCGUCAGGUCAGUAGACGCAAUAGAACGACGUUCACACCUCAACAACUUCAAGAACUCGAGUCGCUCUUCUUGAAGACGCACUAUCCGGACGUGUUCUUACGUGAAGAGGUGGCCCUCCGAAUUUCCCUGUCGGAGGCUCGGGUUCAGGUGUGGUUCCAGAACCGACGUGCAAAGUGGCGUAAACAGGCGCGUCUUCAGCUGCUUCAGGAUGCCUGGAGGAUGCGUUGUCUAGGUCUUGGCAGUGCAGCACCUCUUCUACUGAGACCACCACCUGGUACCAGUGUAGAACGUUCCGAUUCUUCACCUCCACCUCCCCCAAACUCAGGAGGAAUUUCACCCCCGCAGUUAUCAGGUGGAACUGAUAAACUGCCCGACAACCCGAAUCACCCCAUCUGUAGAGAUUAUCGACUGUUACCUCCACACGGGUACUCAAUGACUUGUGAAAAAUCGCCAGAACACGGUAAAUGCGGUUGUGGCUCACCUCCACGGAGUACAUCAACGCCAUCAAGUGUAGAAGUGGAUUUACCAAAUCGUGACAGACCCCAAGAAGCAGAAAUGGAUCUUACUGUGAAGACUCCACUUGCCACGCGUCACCCGCAAAUUCUUCCGCUAUUUCAUCACAUUCCGAGUGAAUCCCGCCAUGAUCUCAGUCCUUUGCCUCGGUCUAUGGACGAGCCACUCGAUGUAACUCUGAACGGCAGUAGAAAUAGCAACUAAAUAAAAUAAAAUCAUCUCUCAAUGUUCAACGCCUAUAGUGGAUCUCCAGUGGCAACUGCUCUGACCACUCAUUCGAGUAAUUGUCCUUCGAUGAUCAUGUAAAUAAAUCGCGAACAGCCUAAUCCUUUUAAAACAAUCCAUAAAUGCAGACAGAUGACUAGUUUGUAACUCUGAUGAGCGCGUAGUUACAUCUAGAAGGUGAGAGACAGGAAACACUUAAUCAGUAAUGCUGAUAAUCCAUUGUGUUAAAAAAACUAAAGAAAAUCCGCUGAUGAUACUGAGAGAAUCCGCGGGAUUUAGCAACUCCAUCAGAAUUUGCGUAACGGUACAAUUUUUUAAAUAUUCGUGUACUGUUAUGCAGCAAGACACCGCAAAAAACGCAUUAUACAUUCUCUGUUUUCAUUUUUCUGUUCUUCAUUCGUACAAAUGUGUUACGUAAGUUCGACAAUCGGGUUAAGUGGAUAAUUUGGAGUUAUGAAAC